GAUGCUCAUCAUCAAUGUUGUUGAUCAUCAUUAUCAAGAAAACGGAUUUUUAAAUCUGGUUUUCUCAGCCCAUCACCAUAUCGAUCACUUAAACAAUUCAAUCCGAAAUCGAAAAACAUAAUCACGAUAUUUACAGCCUGGCAUUUUGGGAAUCAAUUUUUGAAUUAAAACAAAAAAAUAACCAAAAACGAAAGCCAAAGCAAAAAAUUUGAUAAUAGAAUCUAAUGACAGUCAGCUAUCAGUACGAUGUUGCUUCCUCAUCGACCGGAGGCUUUUUUCGCCUCUUAUGGCGUUGGCGAGGCAGCAUUUGGAAAUUAUUAUAUAAAGAACUAUUAUUAUUCGUUGCCGUUUAUAUGUGUAUUGCAUUUACAUAUGAUUUUCUUAUGACUGAUUAUUAUAAAAAAUACUAUGAACAUAUCGUGAUAUUUUGUUCAGCAUUCGUCGAAGUAAUUCCAUUAUCAUUUAUACUUGGAUUUUAUGUAUCAUUUACGGCUACACGUUGGUGGCAACAAUAUACAGCAAUUCCAUGGCCAGAUAAAUUGAUGAAUAUCAUAGCACUUUAUAUUCCGGGCAAUGAUGUUACAUCUCGUGUUCUGCGUCGAACAUUGAUGCGUUAUUUAAAUUUGACAUUAGUACUUGUAUUACGCUCGAUCAGUAUUCCGGUGAAACGACGUUUUCCAACCAAAGAACAUUUAGUUGAAGCCGGUUUCAUGUCAAGACCAGAAUUGGAAAUCUAUCAAUCAGUACCAUCACAUGAAUUUAAUACAUUUUGGAUACCAUGCACAUGGUUUGUUAAUCUAUUACGCGAAGCAAAAUCUGAAUGUCGUAUAACCGAUUCCGGGGGAAUAAAAUUAAUUAUGGAAGAAUUCAAUGAAUUUCGUAGCAAAUGUGGUCUAUUAUGGAGCUAUGAUUGGGUUAGCAUUCCAUUAGUUUAUACACAGGUAGUUACAUUAUCAACACAAGCAUUCUUCUUGGCAUCAUUGUUAGGCCGUCAGCAUAUAAAUUCAGCCAAACCACAUGUUUAUGGUGAAUAUUACAUUCCAAUCUUUACCAUGCUACAAUUUAUUCUUUAUAUGGGAUUGCUCAAACUUGGUGAACAAUUAAUCAAUCCAUUUGGUGAUGAUGAUGAAGAUUUUGAAUUGAAUUGGAUUAUUGAUCGUCAUUUAAAAGUAUCGUUUUUAGGUGUUGAUAUUUUAAAUUCUGAUCCACCACCAUUAAUCAAGGAUAAUUAUUUUGAUGAAACUGACAUUAAACUUCCAUAUACUGAAGCUGCUGUCGCACAUAAAGUGAAAACUUAUCGUGGAUCUGUAGCUGCUUUUCAUGUUCCCACAGAUAAACACGGCCUGGUCAUUCCAGAAUUUGAAGAUGAAAAUGAUGUGGAUAGUGAUGAUGAUCCAUCCACAAUACAAAGUAAUCGUGAUGCAGUAGCCAGAAAUAAUUCAUGGUCAUUAUUUAGUCCAAGAAAACGUAAACUAAGUUCGAGUUUGGAUUCAUUCAAUUCAGAAUUGAUGGUUGAAACUGGUGGACUAAGUGAAGAAAGCGAAUUACCUGAACUUGUUCAAACAAAUUCAUCAUGGCCAACAUUCCUUCAAUCUGAACAACAACGACACCAACAAACAACAAUUAUCGACAAUAAAGAAAUUCGGCCAACAACCACAAUGAAAAGAAACACAAGUUCGGUAACAUCGCUUUCAUCAAAACUUAGUGUCUGGCCAAUGCAAAGUACUAGUAGACAUCAAGAACAACGAAAGGCCAAUGAAGACACUCAAGGUAUCAGGUGGAGUGAAAAUGAAGGCCAUAAGAAUCAAGAGGAAUUCAACAACGAUGUUGGCGAUAAUAAGAAUUCGAAGCAACAACAACAACAGUCAGUUGACACAGAACAACAACCAGCAUUGUAUAAACAAUCCAGUUUAUGUUCGACAACAUCCGAUUCAUCAAUUGCUAUUGCAAUGGGUGAUACGACCUAUCAAUGGCCUAAUCAAAAUAUUGCGGACAAAAUUUAUCGUCCUUGUCGUAAAUUGCCUUUGCAGGUGUUUUCAAAGGAAAUGGCCAAUGCACCGAUAAGUGUUUUCAAUCAGAUUUUAGAAUCAAAUUUACGACGACAAUCAAAAAAUUCUUCAUUAAGCUCAUUAGGUUCGACAACCACCACAAAAGCAGGAGACCAAAUAUCGAUACGAACAUCAUUUCGACCAGUAAAUCGACCGAUGAUAAAAUCAUCCCGACAUGUUGAUCCGAAAUUGAGAAUACGACCAUUUCGUUCGAAAGUAACAUUUAGUGAUGAUACUAAAAAUAAUGAUGACAAUACAUUGCAAGUACGUAAUGCCGGUCGAGGAUUUCAUCAAUAUCAUGGCGAUUCAAGUUCAGAGUCAAAUUCAAGUUUGAUGCGCUUUCAGCAAGAUAUGGCCCAACAGCCAUCACAACAUUCGAAAUUACGUUCGAAACAUACAUCAUCUACAGUGAUUCAGGAUUCUAAAUCAAAAACUUUUUCCAUACAAAAAUCUCUACAGGAUUCAGGAACAUUUUUUGAAAAACGUAAACGAAGACAAUCAAUGGAUCCUACCAUAUACCAUCAACGUGACAAAACAAUUUUACUACAAGAUCCGGAAAUAAAUCAAGAUAAUUGGUUACAUUAUCAAAGUUUACCAAAUAUUCAGGAAGAAGAUCAACAAAUUGUAGGUUUAUUAACAUUGCAUGAUACAAAUCCAUCAUCCACUAUACCGACAGCAUCCGAUUCAUUAGCAAUUGGUGUACAAACAAUACCAUUACCUGAUAUUCGAUGUCAACGAUUAUCGCCAACAACACAACAGCAAAAACAAUCGGACAAUAUUCCAUCAUCAUCAACAUCAUCAUCGAUGACAGUUAAGCAAGCUUCGGAUGCAUUGUUAUUAUCACCAGCAACAUCAUCAUCGUCGUCGAAGACAAUUCCGGAAAAACCGACAACAACAUCAUCAUCGUGGAAUUCAGCACGAAAAAAAAGCAUUAAACGACAAAAAAGUCAAGAAAUUCCGGAUGAAGAUUUAAAAUUACGUCUGUCGAGUUCCCAACAAACACCAGUAAAUAAAAUGAUAAUAAUCAAACAAUCAUCAUCCGAAUCACAAGGAUCCAGUUCCAAUUCAUCAAGCAAUAAAGGAAUAACAAUGAUGCCACCACCACCUGGAAUAUUGAAAAAAAGAAAUGAAACAAUACCCAUUAAACAACAAGCAUCCACUGAAUCGGAUACAGGCAGUUAUCAUACAGUUCGAUCGUUAAUAAUGAAUCCGUCAUCAUCGAUUGAUUCAUUUACAUCGGCCGUUAGUGAUCCAUUGAACAAUAAUAACAAUAACAGUAAUGGUAGUAGCAGUAAUGGUCAAAAUGAUAGUACUACUGUAACGAUCAAUUUGGAUGAUGAUAAUCAACAACAACAACAGCAAUUCAAAUCAUCAACAUCAUUGUUGAUGGAAAAUCGUUUGCAACAUUCAUAUCAUUCAACAAUUGAAUCAUCAUUAGUACCGAAAAUUAUAUUUUCACAAUCAACACCUUCGGUUACAUCACAAUCAUCGGAUGAUCAAAAUAGUCCAAAAUGGGACUCAGAAAGAUACUCACAAUUCUCAGAAAGUAUGGAAACUGUUGUCAUACAGCAACAGCAACAACAUAAUACUAUAACAGAUCCCAAUCAAACACUGCGUAUACAGAAAAAUAAUAAUAAUAAACAAACAUCAACAACGAAUAAUAACUUAUCAUCGACGAUUGAAGAUGAUUUAAUGGCCAAAUCUAAUCAUAAAUCAGUGCCAAGUUCCUCCAUAGUUUUUGAUUCUGCUGCCUCAUCAUCAUCAUCAUCAUCAUUAUCAUCAAAUCCUCUUGAAUCGUCUUUGCCAACACAGCAAUCAUCCUCAUUAACAAUAAGAAAAUGUUAGAAGAUAGAAACAUUGAAAAAACAAAAUAAAC